AUGAAUUGUGAGGUCUAAACCCAGACAGACUACUCUCUAUCAGAUAUAUCUCGGCUUGAGGAUUUAAAGUCUACACUUUUCGACGAGAAAUAGCGCAUUGAGCAUUUAAUUAGAGAAGUUACCUCUUAUAAGGAACUAAGAAAGAGAAUAAAUGAACUUUACUAUCAGGAAAUAAAGAUAAAGCCUUAAAGAUAACAGAGAAUUAAUAUAAAAGUUUAGAAAAUAAAUAAUAAACCAAUAGAACUCAAGAAAAAAUCGGUUGAUCCUGUCGCCCUACUGACCUAAAAUGAGAAAAUUCUUAAGAAAAGGAUCAAUAAUGCAGCUGAGAAAUAACUUAUGCUAAAAAAGUCUUUGAAAUAAACUGACAAUCUCUCUUAAAAACAUCAAAAACUAGCAAAAGAAAAGGUUUAGAGGUAAUAAUAGUCAGAAAUCAAAGAAUAAAUGAAAAUAGAAAAUAUCGAGCAAAAAUCUUAAUAAUAUUCAAAUAAUAAUCCAGGUUCCAAAUUACAGAGUGAAAACUCCUUCGACGAAAAUGUAAGCAGCGACUAGGAUUUUUCGGACUCUUCAACAAAUGCUGUCUCAUCGUUGGGAAAUAAUCAUUUUAGCAGCGGUCGAAGUAACUAAGUAGAAGAGAAAUUUUCUCUUAAAAGUUUUAUAGAACAAGGAAAAAAUUUAACCUGUGAUAUUUAAAUGACAGACACAACUCAAACUAUACUAACUCAAUAAUCAUCCCCCAAUAAACGGCAAAAGAAGUUAUCUGAAAAGGUAAGCUUCAAAAAGAAAAAGGAAAGUUUGCUAAUAGAGGGUGCAAUCGGUAAGUUGAAUAUAGACUCUGGAGUAAAAUGA